AUGAAUGGAACUUGCAUUGGAAAACGUGUAUACAUACCACGCAUGAAGUUUAUACAUAAGUCAUCAGACAUGCCGUUCACUUUCUCACAAAAACAGUUCCCAUUGAAAGCCUUCUAUGCGAUGACCAUCAAUAAGAGACAAGGGCAAUCUUUGCGUGGAAUUGGCGCGUAUUUACCACAACCCGUCUUUUCACACGGUCAACUUUACGUCGCCCUUUCCCGAGCAACAUCACCAGAUUCCAUAAAAAUACUUAUACAAACUACUAGCCUGACACAAGAGAAUGAAACAAAAAACGUUGUUUUUAAAGAUCUAUUGCAGAAAGUUACUAUAACCGAGGGGGGUGCCAUACAGAUUCUUGGCCAACGAACCAACCAGAGUUAUAUUGAAUCUGUACUCAACGUAUUGGAAUGUUACACAAUAUCAAAUUACAGUUGCCCGAAGCUAGACAAAUAUCAAAAAUUCCUUGAAAACGACUUCUACAUUGACGUUGGACUGAUGUUUGUAAUUCAAAAUAUUCUAGACACACUAACCAUACCCAAAACUUGGUUCCGUUUCGUCACCGAUCAAAAUCUGAUUGACCUCGGAGAAACACCGCCUUACUACCCAGACUACAUCGGUGUCCUAUCAAAAAUCAGAGACUGCACCAAAGUAGGUUGGGAAUCAUACGUCCUCCUCAUACUAACAGCCCAAAGUGGCAGCGAAAUCGCAAUCAAUCUAUGGAAAGACUGUAUAGGAAAUCCACAAAAGUUCAACCGCGACUCCUUACAUCCACCACCCGCAACAACAGUGGUUGCAGUCACCAACUUAAAACCGUCCAUCUCUAACGGAGCACUGCGUCAUGGCUCAUCACAUGCUACGCAUAUCUAUGUCAACCCCGAUAUACCAGAAACAACAUCUCUUAUAAACCUGACCCUCAAGACCGCUUCCACCACUACCAAGAACACCCACUACCCUAUACGAGAUGAAGACAAAAAGCAAAUCAGAACUCCUGUUGGUACCAAACCACUUGCCCAAAUUGCAAGGAUCCCAUCUUUAAAAGAGGCGAAAAAUGGUUCUGCAGUUCCCAUGGACAUAUCGAGAAACCAAACUACACUAAUCAUUAGCGAUGCGACCGACACUAUCUCCGCAACUACGUCAGAGACAUCAUGUCGGAAACUUCUAAAGUCAACCCUUAACAACUUCAUAUCCAACAACCCGCUCACAGACGGAGAUACCCUACCUCCAGCCAUUACAUAUCACAAAGAAGAAACGAAAAAAAUGUCCAUCCAAAUGCUCAGGGGAUCAUCUCCAGAUAACAUACGUUUUAUAAUAAUAGACCACGAAACGUUAACAACCAUGACCGACACAUCCAUCCCGACAACACCGGCGCCAACCCGAAUAACAAGAAAGCGACAAAACGACACAUCACCAGAGCCAUCUGCACCUACUCAAAACGUCACACGCUCCUUAUCCUAUCACCCUUCAGGUCCCACAUUGAAAAAUAUUCCAAAGCAGACCAACAAAUAA